AGGACACCUGCCAGAGGAGUCUGUACCUUUACCUGGCCUGAGCUGCUCUGUCAGCUUCACUGAUGGUACAGCCUGCUCUGCUUCUGCUCGUGCUGCCGCUGCCAGGACACAAACACAGACUGCCUGCACGUACCAGCACACACUCAAGGCACACACUCCACAAACACACACACAGACAGAAGGAGAACAGGCUGCCUGGCAGAAAGACGGACGCACGGAGGGAUAAAACGCACAACCACCAUGGGCUGCUGUAACAUGAGGUGCGGGCUGAUAGCCGGAGCUGUGUUUGGGGCUGUGGUUGCCAUCUUCGGAGGCAUCCUCAUCCCGCUGGGGAACAGCAUCAUUGAGGGGACAGUGAAGAAGGAAGCCGUCAUUGAGCCUGGAACCACAGCAUAUGACAACUGGGUGGCUGCAGGAGCAAAGGUGUACAGGCAGUUCUGGUUCUUUGACGUCAAAAACCCGAUUGAGAUUUUACAGCAUGGAGCAAAACCUGUAGUAUUGGAAAAAGGACCCUACACGUACCGGACAAGAUAUCUCCCCAAAGAGAACAUCACAUUCAACCCCAAUCAAACUGUCUCCUUCCUGCUGCCUUUUGGUGCCAUCUUUGAGCCGUCCAUGUCAGUGGGACCAGAGGAAGACAAAGUCACCUCCCUCAACCUGGCUGUGGCUGGGGCUUAUUCACUGGUUCCAAAACCGCUACAUACAGUGCUGGAGAAUCUGAUGAAGUCAAGCAACUCCUCCUUGUUCCAGCACCGCACAGUCAAGGAAAUGCUGUGGGGUUACGCAGACCCCCUGUUGAAAGAACGUAUAGGCUUAUUUGCACCUUACAAUGGCACCUAUGAUGGCUUUUACACUGUCUUCACUGGAAAGGAUGACAUCAGUAAAAUGGGAAUAAUUGACAGGUGGCAAGGAAGAAAGAGCUUAAAUUUCUGGAAUGACAAGUACUGUGACAUGAUCAACGGGACAGAUGCUUCAUCAUUCCCUCCCUUUGUGGACAAGAAGAAGCCUCUCUAUUUCUUCUCAUCAGACAUCUGCAGGUCUGUGUCAGCUGGCUUUGAGGAGAGCCUAGAUCUGAAGGGCAUCGAGGUGUACCGCUAUAGCCUGCAACCAAACACCCUCGCCUCCCCUACGGUCAACCCAGACAACCAAUGUUUCUGCAGAGACCCAAAGACCACCAAGAAUUGCACCAUGGCGGGAGUUCUAGACAUCAGCUCCUGUCAAAACGGAAAACCCAUCUACAUCUCUCUGCCCCACUUCCUGCAUGGCAGUGCGGACCUGAGAGAGACUGUACUGGGCCUCAAUCCCAGCGAGGAGCACCAUGUCACCUACAUGGAUGUAGAACCUAUGACCGGGUUCACCUUGAGGUUUGCAAAAAGGAUUCAAGUGAAUAUGAUGUACGGACCAUCAAAAGUCAUCACGGUGCUGAAGAAAGUCAAGGAUUAUACCAUAUUCCCUCUUGUUUGGCUGAACGAGACGGCUGCGUUGGAUGUAGAAACGGCAGAGAUGUUUAAGAGGGAGCUAACCUCACGGAUCGAUAUGUUGGAGACAAUACAGAAGGCACUGCUGGGCGUAGGCUUGGCCAUCUUUGGAUUGUGUCUCAUCUCCCUUUGCAUAUUCAGAAAUUCAAAAAAUAACCAAAUCAAAAUGGUGUGAAUGAAUCACAAAGAAGUUUUUGUUGUGUGUGGGUUGCAGAGCACAGUGCAAUUAAGCUGCUAAGGGACAUCAAACCUUUUGAUAUAGACUUGCACUUUUUUGUAACUUCAGUGUUAUUUAUGAUGUUGAACCUCCUUUGAUACAAGGGGGAGGAUAACUGUGAUUUUUGCAAAGCCCAAGAGCUGAACUGCUUUGCCGAGUAUUACUUUAUUUGCAAACACUGUAACUUUGACUCAAUCAGGGAUUUCUUGAGAAACAAAUGACGGAGUGUCCUCUUGACUGUCAGGUUUAGUAAUCAACACGGAGUAGGAAUGUGUUUGUUUGACAUCCUGUGAGAGAAAUGUACAAUCUGAUCUUACGAAAAUGUGUACUUUGCUGAACUAAUGUCUUCAAAGUAAAUACAAUCUGUAAAGGAGUGUUUUCAUUUGCUCAUAUUAGAUUGUUUCCUCCCAGCAACAGCCUAUAAAAAUGUAUCUCCCUUAGGCCAAAAUACAGCAGAGAUUUUUCUGCUGCUGAACAAACCUCUGCAUUGUCGACGCUGAAACAGUAUUACUUAGUUUCCUCUUUACCUUGAGUGGCCCAUAAAUCAAAAAGAGUAAUAUAAGUGGCCUACGGGAUGAUUACACUAUGGUUAUGAAUGGUACUUGGGUUUGUUUGGUGAGAAAGCAGUAUUUCAACCCAGCAGGAAGCCUCACUUUAGUUUUAUGGAUUUUAAAUGACCCUGCUCGGCCUCCUGGGUCCCUUUGGUUCCAGUGUUGAGUCCGAAACUGACAUGUCACACGUAUGAGGGAGGUUUUCAUUCAAAUUGAAACAGACAUUCGUUGUGGCGGUGUGAUUUGCAGCUUUGAAAUUCAACAGGCACCGUCCAAAAUGUUUGAAAUUUACGAUACAAAAGCUGAAACGAUAAAGCCUUUAUAAGAUUAUGGGUCAUAUUUUACCCACACAUUUUCCAAUGCUUCUGCCUGUGGUAAUACUUUAAGGCAUGGUUAGUCAUUUAAUCUUUGUCAGUAGUGGUACCUCUAUCUGUACAGUAAAACAGCCAUUAGCCUGUUAGCUUACCUUAACCUAUCACACAAAAGCCUUGCUAAAAUUGCAGCCUGUUGUAGCUGCAUCUUUACGAUUAAAGGUACACUGUAGGAAACAAA